AUGGCGCCUGGACAGAGCCGCAGUGUCUUUGUGGGCAACAUCCCAUUCAAUCUCAGCGAGGAGAACAUCAUCCGAAUCCUCAACCAAGUUGGCACCGUGGUCAAGUUCCGUUUGAUGACCAACCCCGACACGGGUAAAUCAAAAGGAUUCGGCUUCGCAGACUUCCAAGACGCAGAUCAAGCAGCCAGCGCAGUCAGGAACCUGAACGACUAUGAGAUCGAUGGCCGCAAGAUCCGCGUCGACUGGCCUCACAACAACGAGAAGGACUCUGUACCGACGAACUACGACCAAGCCAGUGCUCCGCCCAGCGACGGCCUCAACGCUGCAGCCGCAAGUGUGCUCCCUCCCUUGCCUCCGGGCGUCGAUCUCCCUCCGAAUCUGAGAGCGACAGACGCGAUCUCACAAACCCUCUCUACCCUCCCUCCACCGCAGCUUCUCGACGUCCUGACCCAGAUGAAGGGGCUCGCCAUUUCCGACCCCGCAAGAGCGACUUCGCUUCUCAAGACCGCGCCGCAACUCUCAUACGCAAUCUUUCAAGCCCUGAUCCUUAUGAACCUGGUCGACCCCAAAGUCCUGGCCCAGGUCGUCGAACAAGCCGCCAGACCACCCCAACCAGCCGCUGUGCCGCCUCCACAGCCCGUGCCACAACAAUACCCUGGCUAUCCACCUGUAAUGGUGCCAGGCCAAAUGCCUCCCAGACCACCUCCCCAGCAGUACGCACCACCCGCCUUACCACAGCAACAACAGCCUCCGCCUCAGCAGCAACCUCAAAUCUCGCACCAGGAAAUGAUCCAGCAGGUUCUAGCCAUGGACCAGAGGACGAUCGAUUCAUUCUCGCCCGCUGAAAGAGCACAAAUCAUGCAGAUCAGAGCGUCUAUGGGAGUGAGGUGA